AAGGAGCUCUACGAGGUUCCCGGCGGUGACCAGGUUGCUGCUGUCCCUCCUCGGGCUCUCAGCGGCGACCUGGCCCGUCGGAGGCCUCCUCGAGCGGCAUUGUGCCGUGCCUGGUGUUUGGUUCUCUUUACCGUACACGGUGCUUCAGUGUCUGUUUUGCCUGAGUACCGUACACUCUCAUUGAUUGUCGAAGGCCUGUCCACGCCCAUUGUCGUCGGAGUGCAUAUUAUUGUUGAGAUUGUCGGAGUAUCGUUGGAACAGCAUUUUCCUUGGUUAUCUCAAUUGUCCAUCUAGUUAUUGCUUGUGAUUUGCCUUCUUCUUGUUGAGCGAGUCCACGUUUUAUAUAUGGAGUUUGUUUCAUUUGAAUUGUCAGGCGCGGAUUUUGUUGCUUCAGAUUGGACAGAUACGGCGUUGUUUACUUCCGAGUUUCUCGUUUGUUUGUCUGCUCGUUUGUCUACGGUCGAAGUGUGUGUUAGUGAUCUAUAUUGCCGUGUUCGCCUUUCGUACGGAGGUGAGUCUCGCCUGCAUGAGCGAGACCAGCUGUAUGGGCAUGGUGUCAAAGUUUCUCAAUCGAAGUUGCGCCGCCUGCGGGCGAAACGUGUCAGGUAUCGUUUGUGGUCCACGGCUCGGGGGCCAGAUCCGUCGUGCCUUGUUCGCGCGGGCAUUUGCGCGCCCAGAUAUUAUCGGAAUUUCUGCUCGGACGUUUCUGAGGAAGAGGAGUGGGUUGAGGGCACUUGUGGAACACAGACUGAUAUGGAUGCUGUUGAACUGGCUGGCAACUCAUUGUGUUCGCAGUGUUCCGAUUGUGGGACUCAGACAGAUCCCUGUGUUCACUUUGCGUGUGGGACUCAGACUGAUCUUUGUGUUCUCUUUGUUGGCGAGGAGGAGAAGGAGGAGUGUCAUCGAGUGCGCGCUGAUCAGGGUGAUGCUUCUGCAGUUGGGAGUUCCAGUGCAGUCGGGAGUUCCACUGUUCGGAGUGCAGUAGGAAGUUCCACAGUUCGGAGUUCCGCUGAUGCAGUUGUUGAUGCAGUUGGGAAUUCAGCAGCUGGGAGUUCUGCAGUUGGGAGUACCGCGGUUUGGAGUUCAGCUGAUGCUGUGGAAGCGAACCCUGGCUGCAAGGACGAGGAGGAGGAGAAUGUUCAUAGUGAAGCAGUUGCUAAGAUGGAGCAGGAGGAGGUGGCUGAGGAGGAUUUUGUUCAUGCAUUUUCCCUGGCUUAUAGCGAUAGUAACGAGAGCACUCGCGUGUACCUGGAGAAGGCGCUAAAUCUUCGUAUCAGAAAAUACAGAUUUGUACGGACGACUGGUACGGACGACGUCGUGUCAACGGUGCAUGUGCCAGAUUUCCUUUCUGAAUUUCGAGCUUGCGAUGAGGACGAACGGGACUGUUGGAUUUGGGAUGCGUUCCAAACCUUCAGGGAUCACGAUUCAAUCGGAGCCGUCUUACAGGACCUUCAGCAGGUCAUGGACAGUGCGACCCGGCCGUCUGCUCUUGUGAAAGAGGCGAAAUACCUUUAUGACAACUUUAUGGAAUUAUUUGAAUUGAUGACCAGCGGAGAGCUUGAUGGAACUAUUUGAACUGAAUGCACAUGCUUCUGUUCUGUUUGUCCCUUCCUCUCCCCCGCUGUUUCUGCCCCUUCUCCACCUUUAUCCAUUCUAUCCAUGCUGUUGGUUUGCAUGAUCAUGACGUUGCCAGGUCCGCCUGGCACCCCCUCAGUCAGUAGUAUUAGUUUCGCCUCUUCAGUGUUCUCACUGUUGUAGGGUUGUCUGUGACAGAUGCUGAGUUAUCUGCGGCGGAGCGUUUAUGUGUUGUGCUCCCACAGGCUUUGAUUCGCCUGAGACUUGUUGGACCUGGCCUCAGUGGCCAAGACGGUCCCAGCAAAGACGCAAAAAAAACCAGGUUGACGUUUACCGCCGGCUCCCAGUUCCGGCG